AUGCGCUCAUCGGCUCACAGCUCACAUCUGCCGACCUCCGCUCGGUUCGGUGCCAGUGCGGCUGGUAGCCAUGGUGCGCUGACGACAACGACGACAACGGUGUCGUCAACGGCCGCCCCGACGCGUCGUAUUCCCAGGACACGCGAGCCCGAGGCUAUGGUCAUCGACGAUGUCAAUGGAAGUGACAAGGAGAAUAUGGACGUCUAUGUUGAGCCUGUCGAUACACGCGAGACCAAGCGCGUGCGCAUGACGGAGAACAUGGAGUCUGCGACGGCAGUAGACAUGGCGAGUCGCGAAAGAAGCACACGCACAGGCGCAGGUGUUGGUCUUGCGCGUGUGGGUAUGGACGAUGCACCAGCUGCAGCACCAAUGACACAGGUAGUGCCGCGUGCGAAGGACGAGGGAUGGGAAGACCUCGACAAGGACGAUGCAGACGACCCACUGAUGGUCGCCGAGUACGUGGAAGAAAUCUUUGCAUACAUGAGAGACAUCGAGAUCCAAUGCAUGCCGAAUGGCAGCUACAUGGACCUUCAGCGUGACUUGAAUUGGCACCUUCGUGGUGUGUUGGCUGAUUGGCUCAUUGAGACGCAUGCCAAGUUCCGCCUGUUGCCCGAGACGCUGUUCCUGGCGCUUAAUAUCGUUGAUCGCUUCCUGAGCAUGCGCACCAUAUCGCUGUCAAAGUUGCAGCUCGUGGGUGUAACUGCACUCUUUAUUGCUGCCAAGUACGAAGAAGUGCUGUGCCCGUCCAUUCAAAACUUUUUGUACGUGGCUGAUGGCGGGUACACGGACGAAGAGAUCCUGCGUGCCGAGCGCUACAUGCUCAAAGUGCUGAACUUUGAUUUGAGCUAUGCGUCGCCCAUGAACUUUUUGCGUCGUAUCUCAAAGGCUGAUAAUUAUGAUAUCCAGACGCGAACAGUGGCCAAGUACUUUAUGGAAAUCUCUCUGGUAGAUCACCGCCUCUUGGACCACCCACCCUCGCUCGUCGCUGCGGCGGCUGUAUGGCUUGCGCGUGAAGUGCUGGAGCGUGGUGAAUGGACGCCCACACUGGUGCAUUACUCGACAUAUGCGGAGCCCGAGCUCCUAGGCACAGCCGAGAUCAUGCUUGAUUAUUGCCUCCGACCACCAGCCCACUUACACUUCCACAAAAAGUACAGCAGCAAAAAAUUCAUGAGGGCAAGUGCGUAUGUGAUGGAAUGGGCCAAGAAUACGUUCCCGCACGCCGUCAUCACUCAAGAUGACGUCACUGUCGGCAAGUGGACUGAUGAGCACGGCGAAAAACAUGCUCUCGAUAUGCUCCGUGUCGACUUGUAUGAGCGGCAUGGACAUCCGCGCCCAAGCGUACUUCCUUUAGGCCCAUCGUCCUCGGACGUCGAUUCACCAUCCCAAUCGCCCCAGGCGCAGGAAGCUGAUGCUGCCUAUUCGGCAACACGGUGA